AUGAGAACCAAUUCUACUACUUCUGGUCCUGGGGUUCCCACACUUGAAAAAAAAAACCUGGGGCGUAUCGCUCAAAUUAUUGGUCCGGUACUGGACGUAGCUUUUCCUCCAGGCAAGAUGCCAAAUAUUUACAACGCUCUAAUAGUUACGGGUCAAGAUACUACUGGUCAACCAAUUAAUGUGACUUGUGAGGUACAACAAUUAUUAGGAAAUAAUCGAGUUAGGGCUGUAGCUAUGAGUGCUACAGAUGGUCUAAUGCGAGGAAUGGAAGUUAUUGAUACAGGAGCUCCUUUAAGUGUUCCAGUCGGCGGCGCGACUCUCGGACGAAUUUUUAACGUGCUUGGGGAGCCUGUUGAUAAUUUAGGUCCCGUAGAUACUCGCACAACAUCUCCUAUUCAUAGAUCUGCGCCUGCCUUUACACAGUUAGAUACAAAAUUAUCUAUUUUUGAAACAGGAAUUAAAGUGGUAGAUCUUUUAGCCCCUUAUCGCCGUGGAGGAAAAAUCGGACUAUUUGGGGGCGCGGGAGUGGGUAAAACAGUGCUCAUUAUGGAAUUGAUCAACAAUAUUGCAAAAGCUCAUGGGGGCGUAUCCGUAUUUGGCGGAGUAGGUGAACGUACUCGUGAAGGAAAUGAUCUUUACAUGGAAAUGAAAGAAUCCGGAGUUAUCAAUGAACAAAAUAUUGCAGAGUCAAAAGUAGCUUUAGUCUACGGUCAAAUGAAUGAACCGCCAGGGGCGCGUAUGAGAGUUGGGUUGACUGCCCUAACUAUGGCGGAAUAUUUCCGAGAUGUUAAUGAACAAGACGUACUUCUAUUUAUCGACAAUAUCUUCCGUUUCGUCCAAGCCGGAUCUGAAGUAUCUGCCUUAUUGGGUCGAAUGCCUUCCGCUGUAGGUUAUCAACCUACUCUUAGUACCGAAAUGGGCUCGUUACAGGAAAGAAUUACUUCUACAAAAGAAGGAUCCAUAACUUCGAUUCAAGCCGUCUAUGUACCUGCAGACGAUUUGACCGAUCCCGCUCCUGCCACGACAUUUGCACAUUUAGAUGCGACUACCGUACUAUCAAGAGGAUUGGCCGCCAAAGGGAUCUAUCCAGCGGUGGAUCCGUUAGACUCAACGUCAACUAUGCUUCAACCUAGGAUCGUUGGUGAGGAACAUUAUGAAAUUGCGCAAAGAGUUAAGCAAACCUUACAACGUUACAAAGAACUUCAGGACAUUAUAGCUAUCCUUGGGUUGGACGAAUUAUCCGAAGAAGAUCGUUUAACUGUAGCAAGAGCACGAAAAAUUGAGCGUUUCUUAUCACAACCUUUUUUCGUAGCAGAAGUAUUUACAGGCUCUCCAGGAAAAUAUGUUGGUCUAGCAGAAACAAUUAGAGGGUUUCAAUUGAUCUUUUCCGGAGAAUUAGAUGGUCUUCCUGAACAGGCCUUUUAUUUGGUAGGUAACAUCGAUGAAGUUACCGCGAAAGCUAUGAACUUAGAAAUGGAGAGCAAAUUAAAGAAAUGA